AUGACCUCCAUCAACAGUCCUGAUGUCGUCUACGCGACGCAGCUGUUUCGAUGUGGCGAGGGCUUUCCCCUAUGGUCUCCGGAGCCCACUAAACACGGUGAGGUACUUCUAGGAGACGUGGGCUAUGUGCGCCACGGCGGAUUCUAUCGACUGUUCAACGCGAUGAGCAAAGCGGGCGAUCUGGUGAACAAAGAGUUCGGCGUGCCGAACAAGGAGUCCUAUCAGCCGUUCCAAAAAUCUGAGUACGGACUCAACAAGCAGGAGGCUGCGAUACCCGCAGGGCCGAUCUGUUCAAACAGCUUGCGCAAGACAAAGGUCGGGGGAGAUGUUGAAGCACACGCAGUCGAAGUCGGAUUCCACUUUGAAUGUUCGGAAGACCAGGGGGCCUGUCUAAUCGUGAAGGAUCCCGCCACCCGCGAGGAGCUGCACCCCAGCCGCAGGAUGGCGAACUACAUGAGCAGAAACCUCCAGAGCUGGCACGACUUUGCGACCUCAGAAACGGUCGAUGUCGAUAUCGCCCUGGAGGACAUCAUGUUUGUCCGUGGCUGGGUAAAGACGACGCAGUGGGCGGUGGCGGCGAUCACGCACGAAGGCCGCGCUGCGAAGCUCUCGAUCGACGGCAACUUUGCAGGUAUAGCGGGUGCGGGGAUCUCAGUAGAGAUGGCGCGUGCGACGUCUAGGCAUUACGCCUUCCGCUCCGGUCCUCCUGAGGCUCAGCGCCAACAGAUCUCGCAGUCCGGUUCGCCGUUUGGCAAGCCCAAGUCCAACAAGUCGAAGAAGAAGCAGCAACAGCAACAGUUGCAGCAAACUCAUGAGGAAAGCUCGUCUGCUCCUACUCCUGUCCUCGAGAUGAAUCAAUGUGUGUUCUUGCACUACUACAAAAUGAAGAGACGAUUCUUGGGAAUCAAGAAAAUGGAGGCAGCCGCAGAGCCUCAGAACCUAGAUCCGUCAGACGAUGAUGAUUAUAGCGUCGAGGAAGUGCCCGCGCCACCAACGCCGUAUGAUCCUGUGGAGUUUGUGCUAGAUUAUAUCCUCGAGAACUCCAGUUCAGAUUGCGCCAUUGCGAACGACCGCGAUAUCCACAAACUAUGCGAAAUACAUAAAGAAGAUUUCCCAGAAGACAUUCGAUCUUUCUUGCAACAUCUCAAACCAAACAUAGAGGUAAACGAGGAUGGCCUUGGCAUGUUGUCUUUCGAAGACAUUCCCAUAGACGAAGGACAGAAUGCACAUGAAGAGGAAGCUCAUGAAGCUACCGGCGAGAUACCCGAGUCCCCUACACCUCCCAAUGGCGAUGACGAUACAAUUCCGCCAGACAAUGCCGAUGCCGAGGAGCCAAAAAAGGAAUCGUUUCAAUACCGCACUGCACCUGGCUCAGUCUUGCCCAGCGCGGGAGGGGCAGAGCGUGGGGGCGUCUCUGCUCUCGCGUUCUCGCCUGACGGACGGUACGUCGCGGGGGGGUUCGAGAACUUCUCGGUCGCCAUCUGGGAGGUCGCGAGCGGGCGGCUCCUGCACGACCUGCGGGAGCACACGAACAGCGUGUGCUCGCUCGCGUUCUCGCCUGACGGGAGCGAGCUCGUCUCCGGCUCGUGGGACAAGAUGAUGAUAGUGUGGGACGUCGCAUCGGGGCACCGGCUGCGCACGCUCGAGGGACACGCGGGCUUCGUGGACGCGGUCGCGUACGCGCCGAGCGGGCAGCUUAUCGCGUCAGGCUCGGUCGACUUUACCGUGCGCCUGUGGGACGCACCGACGGGCACGCAGAAGCACAGCACGAACGCGCACCAGACGAUGGUGAUGCUCGUGCGGUUCUCACCCGACGGCGAACGGCUGGUGUCGGCGAGCGCGGAUUGUCUGGUACGGGUGUGGUGCGGGAAGACGGGCGCGCCACUCGCUGAGCUGAUGGGGCACGAGGGUGUUGUGUACUCGAUGGCGUUCGCGCCCGAUGGGCGGCGCAUGGCGACAGGCUCGGACGAUGGGAGCUGCAGGAUCUGGAAUAUGCAGACGGGUGAUGAGCUUGUUACGCUGCGCGAGCACACGGGCUCUGUCUGGGCAGUCGCGUUCUCGCCUGACGGGAAGCAGGUGAUGUCGGUGGCGAGUGACCGGGUCGUAAAGGUGUGCGACUCGUACACCGCGGAGACGAUCGCGACGAUCGAUGGAGGGGAAGGCCUCGCGAACUCUGCGGCGUUCUCGCCAAACAGCGAGCUUGUGUGUGCGGGUGCGGACGACCAUUCGGUGCGAGUGUGGAAUACGAAGACGGGGGAGCGCCUGGCGUCGUUCGAUGGGCAUACCGACAACAUCAGUCACCUGCUGUUCUCACCGACUGGUAAACACAUUGUGUCUGCGUCCGAUGACAGUACUGUGCGGCUGUGGUCCUUGCCUACGAUGUCAUUGGGGGAGGCUUUGACAUGA